AUGGUGGGAGCCUCGGUGCCGGUUUCGGGCGAAAAAGAUGGAGCGAGCAGCAUUCUCACACAGAAGAGAAAACGGUCUUCCAAAUCUUCACCUGAUAAGAGACUCUCGCCGGCGCUGCUCGAUCUGAAUGUUCUUGAUUGUCCCAUUUGCUUCGAAGCAUUCACGAUUCCUAUCUUCCAGUGUGAGAAUGGACAUUUAGCUUGCUCUUCUUGCUGUCCCAAAAUUAGUAACAAAUGUCCAACAUGUGCUUUGCCUACUGGUCACAUUCGCUGCAGAGCAAUGGAGAGUGUUGUUGAAUCAGUUUGUGUUAUUCCACCGCACACCAUGAGAGAUUCAAUUGGUUCCUUUGCGGCCAACCCAUUAAUGUAA